ACUACGCUGGCAACACUUCAUGGUAGUGAGGUGAAAAGAAAAUGGUGCGGUGCCACAAAUCGCAAAGUAUACUAAAAAGUAACAUCUUUUGAUCACAUUUUGAGGACCACGGUCUUCUAUUCAUUGCCGUAAUUUGUCAUCUCUAAAUAUUUUGAAGAUGGCGGAUUCCCAAGAUUAUAUUGACAUGAAAUCAUGUCGCAUUUGUCUGGCCAGCAAUAAACCAUUAUGUCCCUUGUUCAGAUACAAAUUGUCGGGCAAUUAUGCCGAAAUGCUUACAGCAAUAGCGGACGUAAAGGUGUCAUCAAAUGACGGUCUUCCAGAGAAAAUUUGUCUAAAAUGUUGCACGACACUGGAAAAAGCGUUUCUUUUAAAAACAGUGGCCGAAAGGUCAGACAGGAAAUUGAGAAAAAUGCUAGCCAAGGUAAAAGGUAACAUUCCCACAAAAAAAAUUGCUUUUGAUUCUUUCACUGACAUAAAAAGCGAAAUAGGCCCUAUUACUAUCAAAUCUGAGCCCAAGUGGGAAAUGGAAAUUGAUGUAAACAAUGAGGGAGCUACAAAAGCUGUGGAGACAAUAGAUGGCAAAGAUAUUGUUAUUGCCAACACAGUCAUAAGAAAAGUGGAUCCUACCAUGGAAGAAACUAAAGUUGAUACUUCAAUACAGGACGAUACCGUGGAAUUAACAUGGAAAAAGUCUACCAUCAACAAAAAUGAUGACUUUGAUGAUGAUUUCAUGAAUGAUGGAUUACAAGAUAGUAAUGAUGAUGAGGACUAUGUGCCUCCAACUGAAAAACAAAAAACAAGAUUCAAAAAGCCAAAAUUAGCUGAUAUUAAAGUUUUCAAGGGAAAACCUGUGGUUAGGAAGAUUAAAGUAAUAAAAAAAAUUAGAGAUGAAUAUGAAGAAGGUGGAACAAAAAUUGAUAAUCCAAAAUCAACAUCCAUUACUUGCUAUCCCAUUUUAAAGAAUGGCACAAGGGGUGCACCUAUCAUCUUGAAGCGUCCAAAAGAUUCGACCAUACUGAAAGUACAUACAGGUUAUAAGCCAAGAACUGUGUCCUCGACCGGAGAUGCUCCUAGGGUCAUAAGAAGGGAAAAACCUGUGAGAAUGGUGAGAAGUGGUGUUGCAAAACAGAGAGAAAAGCUUGUCUGUCCUGUUUGUGGUAUACUUACAUAUACUCUGGGUAACCAUAUUACAACUCAUCAAGAAAAGAAAAGGUAUUCAUGCCCACAAUGCCCAAGAACUUUUGCCCAGAAGAGCAAUUUGCAAUCACACGCUAAGCAGCACUCGGGAAUUAAGGACCAUAUAUGUGAAAUCUGUGGUGCCGGUUUUUACAGUCAGAAGUCACUAGUCAGGCAUAACUUGAUUCAUAAAGGCGAAAGGCCAUUCCCCUGCAAUCUAUGUAAUAAGAGAUUUAUUGCUCGUUGCGAUCUGAACCGCCACCUGCGUAUACAUUCCGGUUACAAACCGUUUAAGUGCGGAACAUGCACAAUGUCGUUCAACGCCAAACACCAGUUGCAAAACCACGAGAGAAUGCACACAGGGGAACGUCCGUACACAUGUCAGGUCUGUAAUGUCGCCUUCAGUUAUAAAGUAAAUUUAAACAACCAUGUUUUCAAAGUGCAUGGUAUCAACCUAAAGUUCAAAUCUAUUCACACUGUUACCGAAGAUGUCCUACGCCGAGAAUUGGGUUUAGGCAAUGAGACUAGAGUGGCAAUUUCCCACAUCUUACCACAAAUGGGCAAUGAAGUACCGCCGCCUGCUGCUCACGAGACCGUUCAUCACACCUCGGAAUAUUAGACUGUUGCUCUUAAUGUAGAUAUUGUAUUUAGUUAACAGCAUAAUUUUAACCCAAAUAUGGGCGCUAGAGGAUGAGUUGUAUAAUGUUUGUUUUUCAGUUAGGUUAUUAAAAUAUUAUGAGACAUUGUUAAAGCGCAAUAAAUAGCUUGAAAAACUA